UUCGACCCGAUGGCAAGCACAGAUCGACGCUGUCAGCGUCAUUCACACGACCAAAAUGCGCGUACACCCCCAAUCCGCCGUCGGUCUUAUGAGCAUGGGAGGAAAGGGCCCCGAAGUCCUGUCGACAUUCACCACCGACUUCGGUGGUAUCCUGGCUGGUCUACACCGCACGAAGAUCGGUGGCAUUGCCCACCUAAGCUCCAGCAUACAAGUGGCCGGUCUCGCCCUCAAGCACCGCUCCGAGAAGUCCCAGAGACAGCGCAUUAUCGUAUUCUCCUGCUCGCCCAUUGAAGAAGACGAGAAGACGCUCGUGAAGCUCGCCAAGAAGAUGAAGAAGAAUAACGUGUCCAUUGACGUGAUCGCCUUCGGAGACCUCGAAUCCGACCAGACCAAGAAGCUCGAGGCGUUCGUCGAGAAUGUCAAGGGUGGCGACGGCUCCCACCUGGCCAUCAUCCCGCCCGGCGACAACCUGCUGAGCGAAGAGCUCCAGGCCACGCCGAUCUUGGGCGGUGACGGCAGCGGCGUCGGUGGCGCCGGUCCGGACGGCGGCGACGGCGGCUUCAACUUCGAAGAUGCGGCGGAGAACGACCCCGAGCUGGCUUUUGCCCUACGUCUGUCGCUCGAGGAGGAGAAGAACCGACAAGAGAAGGAGAAGCGGGAUCGAGAGGAACAAGAGCGCAAAGCCAACUUGGAGGGCAUUCCCGAGGAGGGUGGUGAGGGUAGCGGAAGCAAAGACAAGAAGGAUGACGGUGACAAGAUGGACACCGCUUAAUGUGCGAGGAAAUUUGAAAUGAUUCCUCGUGGAUGACCUCCUUUUUUCUUCUUCAAUUUCCGAUGCAUACCCGGCGUUCCUUCUGAUAUGUACUUGCGUUAAAGUUUUCUCUGGUUUUUCUGUUUGGUUGUAAUUGUAGAACGUGGGUUCUAGAUUCGGCCCCCUCCCACACGACAACGCUUUUGAGAAAGGCUUGCGGUAUCUCCAUGGGAAUUCUAUAUCAUCAUGAUCGUAGUUCUAUGCCGGAGAGAACCGCGACGCAUAUAUGAAAGAAAACAAAAGAAUUGA